AUGUGCCGACUGGUCAUUUUCAGCGGCACUUGCACCACGUGCGACGAAGAUCAAGUAUGGGAGGAUCUCACACAAGAGCUGUCAUGUCUUGAGGCGAAAAACAACGGAUUCUUUGGCGAUUGCUCCAAAGGGGUUUUCCACGAGCAACACCACUUCGACCAGGAGUGCGACCAAUGCAGCGAGGAGGACGAAGGAAUCGGCGACGUCGAAGAGGCGGAGGCAGAGCAAGGCCUUGUAUCUCAUGGGAAGCGGGGAGCUUCGGAAGAGAGGUCAACGAGUUCGCGAAAGAAGGCCAAAACUUGA